GAUUUACUUAGAAACUUCCCUUAUGAAUUCAUCCAAAUAUCCAUCUAUGAGUCGAAUUCAAAUAUCCAAUCUCUACAUCUCCAAGUCUCCUUUGUAACCCACAUCCUUACAUAUCCUAAACUCAAUCAACCGAUAAUUACGAGGUUAUGAUUCCUAAUUGAACCUCACUUCGAUUGGAUUCAUCAUAUUUCUCCCUUGCAUUCACAGGUGCCUACACAAUCUCAACGCCGACGACUCUCACGACCUAGCCGAUUCGCGCGGUCCACGAUGACCAAUAUCUCAACGACACCGUAGCCAUGAUCGUCAGAACAGCCUGUAGGGCUAUUGGCCCUCACCAAAGCUGUUUCGGCCACAACAAACCUCACUUAGGUUCAUGGCUCUCUUCGUUGCUACGUAGUGGCACGCGCGUAUUGACGACGUCCCAAUAUCUGCGACAACGACCUCAGCCCGGCCAUCCCCAAGACUUAGGUCCUAUCCGAAAGCUACCAUCGAGUACAAUCAACUUCAGCUCCAAUGCCCCCGAUGCCCCAAAACCGAAGAAGCCGACCACCGAACACAAAGACCCCCUUGCCGCGAUCGACAAGAGCGCACACGAGCAACGAAAAGCUGACUGGGCCAUCAUGAAAGAGAUGGCGCAUUACCUAUGGCCUAAGGAUAGCGUAAGCACUAAGUUGCGCGUCUCUUUAGCCGUCGUGCUUCUUGUCGGCGCAAAGGUGUUGAAUGUCCAGGUGCCGUUUUACUUCAAGAGUAUUGUCGACGCUAUGAAUAUCGAUAUCGGGGAUACGGGUGGUACUGCUGUUAUGAUUGCGGGGAGCAUGAUAAUAGCAUACGGCGCAACGAGGAUUGGCGCUACCGUAUUUCAAGAGCUCCGAAAUGCCGUGUUCGCUUCGGUGGCACAGAAGGCGAUUCGAAGAGUUGCUUGUAAUGUCUUUGAUCACCUGUUGCGCCUCGAUCUGAACUUUCAUCUCACCAAACAAACUGGUGGGCUGACGAGAGCGAUUGAUAGAGGUACCAAGGGUAUUAGUUUCUUACUCACCAGUAUGGUCUUCCACAUCGUCCCGACAGCGCUGGAGAUUGGCAUGGUGUGUGGUAUUUUGACUUGGCAGUACGGUGCGAAAUAUGCUGCUAUUACUGUCAUUACAAUGACGGCAUAUACGGCAUUUACCAUCUGGACCACAGCCUGGAGAACGAAGUUUCGAAGACAGGCUAACGCCGCCGAUAACAAGGCUUCGACGGUAGCAGUCGAUUCCUUGAUCAAUUAUGAGGCUGUGAAGUAUUUCAACAACGAAAAGUUCGAGGUUUCCCGAUAUGAUAAGGCGCUUCAUGAUUAUGAAAAGAGCUCUAUUAAAGUUCAGACAUCCUUGGCUUUUCUCAACAGUGGCCAGAAUAUCAUCUUUUCAAGUGCGCUUACCGGGAUGAUGUACCUCGCAGCCAACGGUGUGGCAAAUGGCUCGUUGACAGUUGGUGAUUUGGUCAUGGUCAACCAGCUCGUCUUCCAACUCUCUGUUCCGUUGAAUUUCUUGGGUUCGGUCUAUCGAGAGUUAAGACAAUCCCUCCUCGAUAUGGAGACACUCUUCAAUUUACAGAAGGUGAAUGUCUCCAUAAAAGAACUCUCUGAUGCGAAACCGCUCCUCCUUGCUAAAGGUGGUGAGAUCAAGUUUGAGCAUGUUAACUUCGGCUAUAAUAAAGAGCGCCCGAUUCUUCAAGACCUAACCAUGACGAUUCCUGCAGGCAAGAAAGUCGCAAUUGUCGGGCCGAGUGGAUGCGGAAAGUCUACGUUAUUAAGACUUCUCUUCCGAUAUUAUGACGUCGAAAAUGGUCGAAUCCUCAUUGAUGAUCAAGAUAUUCGCCAUGUUACGUUGGAAUCGCUUCGCAAGUCAAUCGGAGUUGUCCCGCAAGACACGCCGCUUUUUAACGAUACCGUGCAACAUAACAUCAAAUAUGGUGAUAUGUCAGCACCCGAAUCUCAAAUUAUUGCCGCUGCGAAACGUGCCCGAAUCCAUGACAUAAUAUCCAGUUGGCCUUCUGGGUACCACACGAAAGUGGGUGAGAGAGGUAUGAUGAUUAGUGGAGGAGAAAAGCAGCGCCUUGCGGUAUCCCGAUUGCUGUUGAAGGACCCACCUCUACUGUUUUUUGACGAAGCGACAAGCGCGCUCGAUACCCACACGGAACAGGCUCUUAUGCAGAACAUUAACAGUAUUCUGCGAGAAAAAGCGAGGACGAGUGUUUUCGUAGCCCAUCGAUUACGAACCAUAUACGAUGCCGAUCUGAUCAUCGUAUUGAAGGAGGGAAAAGUUGCCGAGCAGGGAACGCAUAAGGAAUUGAUUGAUCGCGAUGGCCUUUACUCGGAACUCUGGAGUGCUCAAGAGACCUUGUUCAAUUCGGAUGGAGAAAAAGAAAGAGAAGUCGGCGAUUCCGAGGAGAAAGCAAGCUCAAACGAUAGGCGACCUCGGACGUGAUGGCAACACCGUACAUAUUUAUAAGAGGAACCUAGCUUAAUCGCGAGCUAGUAGUUUUAACCACAUUCUCAGCCCUGUACCAUAGUUCCGGUAACCGUGUACUUGUAUAUAAGUCUCGUGAGGUGAUAGGGGCACGCUAGGUACAUGACCUAUAUUGGCAGGAAGAGUACCUAGUAGUUAGCUUGCGACAUGUUUGCUUGAUAGGAAUAGCUGAGAUAAAUGUCGAAUCCAAUGAGACAUGGGGCUGGUAACUCAUGCAAUGAUGACAUAGCUGUUAGAAUCGGACGGGCAUAAACCCAUAUCCUCAAGAGCGUCGGCUCCGUGGCGUUAUCCGACAAAUCCAUACAUACCUC